AUGAUCAGAGAGUGGGAGACUGGAAUAGUGGUGAGUGAGGAAGGGGUGAGAGAUCCAUGUACAGCAGGCUACCCACCCCUAGUUGAAAAUAAAGAAGAGCUAGCUGGAAAUCAGCAAGAGCUAGCUGGAAAUCAGCAAGAGCUAGCUGGAAAUCAGCAAGAGCUAGCUGGAAAUCAGCAAGAGCUAGCUGGAAAUCAGCAAGAGCUAGCUGGAAAUCAGCAAGAGCUAGCUGGAAAUCAGCAAGAGCUAGCUGGAAAUCAGCAAGAGCUAGCUGGAAAUCAGCAAGAGCUAGCUGGAAAUCAGCAAGAGCUAGCUGGAAAUCAGCAAGAGCUAGCUGGAAAUCAGCAAGAGCUAGCUGGAAAUCAGCAAAAGCUAGCUGGAAAUCAGCAAGAGCUAGCUAAAAAUCAGCAAGAGCUAGCUGGAAAUCAGCAAGAGCUACCUGGAAAUCAGCAAGAGCUAGCUGGAAAUCAACAGGAGCCAGCUGGAAAACAGCAAGAGCUAGCUGGAAAUCAGCAAGAGCUAGCUGUAAAUCAGCAAGAGCUAGCUAAAAAUCAGCAAGAGCUAGCUGGAAAUCAGCAAGAGCUAGCUGGAAAUCAGCAAGAGCCAGCUGGAAAUCAGAGAGAGAGACAGCUGGAAAUCGGCAAGCGCUAA